AUGAGUGGGACCAGCUUCGACACCAGCUUCCCGCACUUCUCCCAAGAUCACGUCGCCGACGCAGCCUGCAACGGUCCGGUUCUUUCUCAGGCAUUCCGUUCCACCGACCUCAAGGCCACUUCCGAGUGCGUCGCUCCGUACAACUACAUCGAUCCCGCCAAGGCUCUCGGCUCGCAGCCCGUGGCUACCUUUGGACAGAACAUCCUCUGCGGGACACAGAACCUUGCUUCGGCCUUGGCUGACAACCGAUAUUCCUCAUGCGAUGAAGACGCAGAAGGCGAGCCUGACGAGAGCUACAACGCAGAGCUCUCGUUCUGGUCGACCGAAUCGGGCGACACGAGCGGAUCCACGGCGACAACUUUUGCUCCUGGUGAAGCAUCGUUUCCUUUUACCGAAAACUGUUCCGCUCUGGGUGGAGCGACGCCUAAAAGGACGGCGAUGCACGGCGACAUACCGAUCGAGCUCGACUUGCCUCGUGAGGCGGACAUCGCUGACCAAUCCUCGAGAUACGCGUCCGCUGGACUUCAGCCUCUAGCUGCCACCACCAGCGGCGCGAAACGAUCGUCGAAGAGGAAGCGGAGAAGAAGCAGCCCCAAGAGGCUGACGGACUACUGCGCCUCGAACAAGGCGAGUCUCUACUCGGCACCGGCGAAGAGUAAAGCCGCAAGAAGCCGUACGAGCGCUUCGUCCUCCAAGCCUGCAGCUAACACUCGGGUCGCGGACAUCAGCGAACGACAGUCGCCUGCGAUUGGGUCGGAUGGGCCUGGGUCCGGCGCAAGCGGUGUUUCGUCGCCAUCGACGCCCUCGGGAAAGUACAAGCUGCGAAAGAAGGACGAAGUACCGCGACGCAGUCUGGCAGCUCUGCUCACGCCUCCUAGAGACAGGCGCGCUGAGUUCUUCGACGAGCCCUCUCAAGACGCCUGGAACUGGUCUGAAGCAGCCGCUCCAGAGCCCUCGAUUGAAGUCGCUGCCGAUAACGAUCUUGCUACGGGAGAGUCAGCAGGUCUGGCACACAAGUCGGAAGCGGACGAGGUGCCAGAGAUGGUGUUCGCCGACCUGGAAGAGACCGAGGAUGUCAAGCCGGCAACGCUUGUGGACAAGGGUCAGCGAGUAUUCCCUGCAGGCUGGGAGAUUCACUCGGGAUUUCCUCUGCUGUACCAGCGGUAUUUUGUCCCCUCUUCCGUCAGUCCCGAGGUGUUAGAGAUGCUCGUGCGAGGUCUUGGAGAUGCCGACUACGGCGACGAACUGCGCGAGACGGUCGAUCGAGCGCAGAGCGUGCAUGGCGCUUUCAACAAGCCACGAUCGAUCUUGGAUCUGUACACGCCUCGCUUCGUCAAAGGCGUGGGGGUGGACAAGGUCGGCAUGUGCCCAGUAUGCUACGAGGAAGGCAAGGUGCAGUUCUUCAAAACCAAGUUUUCAGCCUACAACUAUCAUCUGCAGAACUUUCACGGCGUGUCUGCGCUGACGGGGUUGCCGUUUACGCCGCCUGCCAAGUUCCGGGUGCGGUCACAGCCGCAUGCCAAGCCCAAGGAGCGCAAGCAGCUGAUCCAGGGCCACUGCCACGGCUGCAAUCGGUGGAUCGACAUGCAGGGUCCCAAAUUGACCGACCUCAAGGUCGCCGAGAUCUACUGGUGGAAGCAUGCGCAGUCGUGCCAUCGCAAGGCGCGUUUGCCGGAGGGCAUCGCUGGGUACCUGGUCGAGAACCAGUGGUUCCACAGGGUGCAUGCCGUGCUCGAGAUGAUCGGCGGCUACGACAGCGAGAUCGACAAGCUUCUUGCUGGACCUAAAUGA